GACAUCGACAUGGCGUCCUUCAUACUUGUAGAUCACGAUCCUCCCAUACCUUCACAGCUUCCCAGACAUUCACUCAUUCGACGUCGUGGUACCUUUGGGACCUUUACCACUGAAUCCUGUUGAACUAGCGCACUAGUUUCUCUCUCUCGCACGACAUACUGGUCUGCAAUACAAAUGUAGGUGUCGAGACGAGGCUUUAUCCCAGCAAUGGGUCUUUGACGGAAUGGUCUCUACCAAUCUUGUUUUCUCUGGGUUCUCAUUUAUCGGAUUUAUCCUGGUCAUCGUACUUUUGCCACUCCAUAUUAAAGCGAGAAACAUCGGUAAAUGCAGCUUUAUCAUCUGGACGAGCCUGCUAUGUUUCAAUGGCUUCAUCAACUCCAUUAUAUGGAAUGAUAAUGUGACCAACUGGGCACCUGUAUGGUGCGAUAUAUCAUCUCGUUUGAUUAUAGCUGGACCAGUUGGCGUGAACUCAGCAUAUUUAUGCAUUGCUCGUCGUCUAUAUCUAGUCAUAAGCGUGGUUAUGCAUGAUCAGAGUGAAUCUAGGGUACCAUAUAUCGUCCAAUUUGAGCGCUUUCGAAUUUUAGAAACAAUAGGCUGUUUACCCGCGUUAGAAAAGACACAGCUUUUGUUCCCAGUGCUUAUAGGGCCACUUGCGGUGGUGACGGUUGCCAUUGCUGUCUACGCAAGAUGGGCACAGCUUAACGAGCACUUUGUUCGAUUACUGGCUUUGGUCCUUGUGAUGGUCGUAUGCUCAGUCACGCCGGGCGUAUGGACGAUUGUGUUCAGCGCAACCGACGGAACGAUGACUCCAUGGCCUGGCUGGGAUUACGUGCAUGCCAACAUUUCCCAAAUUUCGCAACACACCACUCAUGGCUGGCAGACACUCGGGCCCGGGUACGUCGUACAUGUAGAGCUGCAGAGAUGGGUCUUUGUAGUGUACGCCAUCAUUUUCUUUGCCCUGUUUGGAUUCACCACGGGAGCAAAGAAGAGUUAUAGUCUUCUUUUCAACUUUAUGGCGGGGCGUCCUCGCGAGCUGGAGGUGUCGGGCGCUCCAGAGGCAAGUACUUUACGAACAUGUUAA